AUGUUCUUUCCUUAUGUGGCUCUGUCUGUCUCUCUCUCUUCUACUCCUCUCUCCUUCUCUUCUCUUUCGAUCAAACAACAACAUAACCAAAACAAAUCUCUGACCUGAACCAUCUCUUAUCUCACCCGGUUAUCGGAUUUUCCAGAUCUCUUUUCGAUUUCAUUUCCCGCGAUCUUGGGUUUUUCAAAAAGAAAUGGGAAGGGGAAAGAUCGCGAUUAAGAGGAUCAAUAACUCUACGAGCCGCCAGGUUACCUUCUCCAAGCGAAGGAAUGGUUUGUUGAAGAAAGCAAAGGAGCUUGCGAUUCUCUGCGAUGCUGAGGUUGGUGUUAUCAUCUUCUCUAGCACUGGUCGGCUCUACGAUUUCUCCAGCUCCAGCAUGAAAUCAGUCAUAGAGCGAUACACCGAUGCCAAAGGGGAAACCAGUUCGGAAAAUGACCCCGCUUCAGAAAUUCAGUUCUGGCAAAAGGAGGCUGCAAUUCUAAAGCGACAGCUACAUAACUUGCAAGAAAACCACCGGCAAAUGAUGGGGGAAGAGCUCUCUGGACUAAGUGUAGAUGAUUUACAGAAAUUGGAAAAUCAGCUUGAAUUGAGCCUCCGUGGCGUUCGGAUGAAAAAGGAUCAAAUGUUAAUCGAAGAAAUACAAGAACUUAACCGAGAGGGGAAUCUCGUGCACCAAGAGAAUUUAGACCUCCACAAGAAAGUAAACUUAAUGCACCAACAGAAUCUGGAAUUACAUGAAAAGGUUUCAGAGGUUGAGGGUGUGAAAAUCACAAACAAAAAUUCUCUUCUCACAAAUGGUCUAGACAUGAGAGAUAACUCGAGCGAACAUGUCCAUCUUCAGCUCAGCCAACCGCAGCAUGAUGAGACACAUGCAAAAGCUAUCCAACUCAACUACUUUUCCUUCAUUGCAUAAUAUAUAAGUGGUGUGCAUACGCACACACUUAUGUUGACCUCUCGUUCGGAAUCAUAUCUCAAUUUAACUGUUGCAGCUUGUUACUGCAUAAGCAAAGAAACAUAAACAUGAUCAGUUUGCAAUCCAUUUCUAUCAAACACCAGCUUUGUAACUCUUUCAAAAAACUUCUUUCUCCCUGCAAAAUAACUUUGUAACUGUUGGUUUGGAGCUUAAGCCAAUGAGUAGUUUGAUGAUCAUAGGAAAUGAGUGUUUUCACAUAA